CCCAAUUUUGAGCUAAUUCGUACACUCGAAUGACUACCCGUUCACUAGCAAUUAACCAUGUACUCUCGUAGCGCUCAACGAGCCUUAUAAGUCAGGAACGAUGACGUCGAGUCUUGAGCGCAACGAUGAGGGGUAGUGCUAGUCCACUCAUCUACCAUUGUCCCCCUCUUGAAUCGGUAAGUCCACAAGAAAGCCUGAGUUCUCAACCUUGCUACCAAAAUGCCGGAAAUGAACGAUCACGAUGGCAAGCCGGUGCAACACCACAUGGCGCGCGUCAAUGGCAUCCGCCUGCACUACAUCACCGCCGGAUCAGGGCCUCCUUUGUUACUCCUCCAUGGAACGCCGAAAAAUCAUUACUACUGGUACCUUAUACUACCCCAUCUCACAUCGCACUUCAGUGUCAUCGCUCCGGAUCUUCGCGGGUUUGGCGCAACCGACAAGCCACCUGCAAGCGAAGGUUACGAUGGCCGAACGAAUGCGAAGGAUAUGAUUGAACUCAUGGACCAGCUCGGCUACAAGCUUUUUUCCGUCCAUGGCGAGGAUCGAGGCGCAACCUACGCGUUUUGCCUCGCGGGUUUAUAUCGAGAUCGCGUCACGCACCUGAGCUUUUGCGAGAUGGUUCUCUCGGACCAACUCACCAAGCAAUCGUUUUUCACGCGCGAGAACAUCUCUGCACAGUAUAAUCAGGAAGGAGUUUGGAACUGGCAUAUACCCUUCUUUUGGUUGCCGCAUGUGCCCGAGAUGUUGAUUCAGGGUAAGGAGGAGGAGUUUUGGACCCAUUUCAUGAAGGCCGAGUGUUACAAUCCGAGUGCUCUUGACCAACGAGCAGUGAACGAAUGGGUCAGAUGCUCUAAAGCUCCCGGUGGGCUGAGGGGGAUUUUGGAGUCGUACAGGUCCCAUUGGGUGAAUCUUGAUGUUGAGGCUGUGAUAUUAUCGGAUGAGAAACUGGCGUGUAAAGUCAUGACAGUGGGAGCGCCAGAAUUCUUCGGGUCACUUGUGGAGGAGCAGAUGAAGAGCGCUGCGGUUGAAGUGGCCAUCUCUGAGGUCUUCGAUGAAUGUGGACACAGCCUUGCUCUCGAGCAGCCGGAGAGACUGGCGGCGCUGCUCAUCAAGUUCAUUUUGUAAUGAGUUUGGAGUGGCAGGCUGUCCUGACAGUAGAGCGCAAAAAGUGUGAUAGUCACUCUGAAGAACACUGGGCACAGAACCAUUCUACCUGGCAGUUACAAUGAGUCUGAAUGAAACCCUGUAUCAAAUAUUACAGUCAAUCGUC